AGCCGGGAGCCAGCAGCGGCGGAUCACGACCGUUCUGUGGCGGUUGAGUAGCCUUCGAUUCCGGUUGAUUUUUGUCCCUCUGCGCUUGCGCUUGCCGCAACUCCACUCUCCGCUGCCUCCAGCCCUGGCACUCGCUGUCCUCCUGUGACGGGAAGGUCGUGGCCUGCGGCCCAGCUGCCAACCGUGCCGAGUUGAACUCCGGCGCCCCUCCGCUACCCCAUGGCUUCGCUCUACGUGGGAGACCUCCACCCUGACGUGACCGAGGCGAUACUCUAUGAGAAGUUCGGCCCCGCCGGGCCCAUCCUCUCCAUCCGGGUCUGCAGGGACAUGAUCACUUGCCGCUCCUUGGGCUACGCAUGUGUGAACUGCCAGCAGCCGGCGGACGCUGAGCCUGCUGCGAACGCCAUGAAUUUUGAUGUUAUAGAGGACGAACCAGUACGUAUCCUGUGGGCUCAACAUGAUCCAUCACUUCGAAAAAGUGGAGAGGGAUACAUAUUCAUUAAAAAUCUGGACAGAUCCAUUGAUAAUAAAGCACUGUAUGAUACAUUUUCUGCUUUUGGUAACAUCCGAUCAUGUAAGGUGGUUUGUGAUGAAAAUUGUUCGAAGGACUAUGGAAUUGUACACUUUGAGGCACAGGAAGCAGCUGAAAGAGCCAUUGAAAAAAUGAACGGAAUCCUCCUAAAUGAUCGCAAAGUAUGUAUUGGAAGACUUAAGUCUCUUAAAGAACGAGAAGCUGAACUUCAAGCUGUGGCAAAAGAGUUCACCAAUGUUUACAUCAGGAAUUUUGGAGAAGACAUGGAUGAUGAGCAGCUUAAGGAUCUCUUUGGCAAGUUUGGGCUUCCCUUAAGUGUGAAAGUAGUGACUGAUGAAAGUGGAAAAUCCAAAGGAUUUGGAUUUGUAAGCUUUGAAAGGCAUGAGGAUGCACAGAAAGCUGUGGAUGAGAUGAAUGGAAAGGACCUCAAUGGAAAACUAAUUUACGUUGGUCGAGCUCAGAAAAAAGUGGAACGGCAGAUGGAACUUAAGUGCAAAUUUGAACAGAUGAUGCAAGAUAAUACCACCAGAUACCACAGUGUUCAUCUUUAUGUGGAAAAUCUUGAUGAUUGUAUUGAUGAUGAACGUCUCCAGAAAGAGUUUUCUCCUUUUGGUACAGUCACUAGUGCAAAGGUUAUGAUGGAGAGUGGUCUGAGCAAAGGGGUUGGUUUUGUUUGUUUCUCCUCACCAGAAGCAGCCACUAAAGCAGUUACAGAAAUGAAUGGUAGAAUUGUGGCCACGAAGCCAUUGUAUGUAACUUUAGCUCAGCGCAAAGGGUUGCGCCAGGCUCACCUCACUAACCAGUAUAUGCAGAAAAUGGCAAGUGUGCGAGCUGUGCCCAACCCUGUAAUCAUCCCCUACCAGCCAGCACCACCUUCAGGUUACUUCAUGGCAGCUAUCCCACAGACUCAGAACCAUGCUGCAUACUCUCCUCCUAGCCAAAUUGCUCAACUAAGACCAAGUCCACGCUGGACUGCUCAGGGUGCCAGACUUCAUCCAUUCCAAAAUAUGCCAGGUACUAUCGGCCCAGCUGCUUCUAGACCACCAUUUAGUACUAUGAGACCAGCUUCUUCACAGGUUCCACGAGUCAUGUCAACACAGUAUGUUGCUAACACAUCAACACAGACAGUGGGUCCACGUCCUGCAGCUGCAGCUGCUGCAGCUACUCCUGGAGUUCGCAAUCCUCAGCAACAUCUUCAUGCACAGCUACAGUUUACAAUGCAGCAGCCUGCUGUUCAUGUACAAGGUUUUGGGGUACAUGUGAAGAACAUGCAAGAUUGUUGCGCAGGUUUUGGGACCCUCUUGCAGGUCGAGAGAUCCCCAGCAGACAUGCCGUCCCGACCCAUCCCCGACAUCUGGCGACCACGAAGGGACACCUGGACACGAGAGACCAUAGCGACGCUCAUCAACUAAGGAGUGAGGCUGCAGCAGUCUGCUGCCUUGCCAGUUUGGGUGCCCAAACGUCUUGUCAAGCAUGGACCAGUUCGACAGCAGAGCAAACGCCCUAAUUCCUUGAUUUCGUCGCCAGAUGCUGACACCGCCACCCCCUCGGAGACGCCGCCGCCUGCAACGGACACAGCAAGUGUGCACACCGUUCCACGGCAGUGCCCUGCCAACCUGGUCUCAACUUCGCCGUCUGACUGCCGAAGCCACCCAGCUUCUUCUUGAACAAGGACACUCCCUUUCCCCUGCAGUCAUGUUUAUCGCCAUGAUGGCCAUAUUGUCCUGCCAGGUUUCCCCCUCCCAUGCUCACUCUGCUGAUUCUUCUCAAGUUCUCUGGGCUUAUGUCCCUGACCCCUCAUCCUCCAUCCUGUUACCUGGACUGACCCUGCUUUUCUUGUUUAUUUGAAUGAUACUUCUCUUUUUGGCUUCUCCUCCUCCACUCAUAUUACCCCUCAAACUGCCAGUUAUUCUUAUUUUGCCCAAGCUGCUUCUCCCGCUAUGUGUUUUUAUGCGUCGAAAAUAUGGGACCAACUUGCUCUCAGUAAUCGCAUUCCCCUCUUACCUAUUCUCCCCUCUACCAAUGGUCCUUUUUGCUUUGAAUUAGGAAUGAAGCAUCUCACCACAUUUGAGGACCCUUCUGCCCUCCUUAAGGGCGAAGCCUCUUUCUAUACUAGGGACUGGCUUCUCACCUAUCUUGGUAUCAAAGAAUCGUGGAAUUCUUCCUCUCCUGAUUUCCCGUCUGUUCCCCGCUCUCGCUGCCAUGUUGUUAACUCCUCUCUUGACCCCUCUCCCCGCUGGAAACUCUGCUACCCUAAACAAUGCACUGCCCUUACCUAAACUCUUUCUACUGGUUUCACUCUUUAUGGUUGGUCUCUCCCCGCGCCACUCUCCACCUCCUUUGACCGGUACCAGUCCCCUGGCGGCUGGGCCACUCCUAUUUUUUCUACCUCUUCUGGCCGCACCUACAUGUCUCUCUGGCGUCUUUUUACUGCUCUUACCCCUAGUUAUUGGCAGGCUGGUACCCGCGGUGUUUCUUACCCCUCUCACUCCCAACAUUUUGUCCAAGCCUGUGUUGCUUAUCCCUACAUCUUACUUUAUGGUCAUGUUAACAUUUCCGUGUCUUCUGGUCACUACCAUAUUUCUUGCCCUUCUUGCACUCUUAACUGCAUUGAUUCUUCUAUUUUUCCUACUCAUACUAUUCUCGUCGUUCAUCAACCCCCUUAUGUUAUGCUUCCUGUUAAUGUUUCUGGCCCCUGGUAUGAUGAAUAUAGCCUGCAAAUUUUA